AUGUAUGCAUUUAUAUAUUAUUUUUCCCCUAAUAGGCAAACCAUUUCCUGCUUCUAUGUGGUCAAUGAGACUCAGACUGUUGCCUUCAGCGCUAAACCAAGAACCUAUGAGCCCGCUGCAGAGAUCGGCACCGGCCAGCUGAUGGUGCAGAUGAGGCUUUCCCAAGAUCCAUCCUACGAGCGCUUCUACCAAGCAGAGGAUUAUCCAGUGGUGAAAUAUCUGCAGCAGCCUCUGUAUUUUGAGGUGGAGCUGAUGCAUUCUACCGACCCGCACUUGGAACUCAUUGCUGAGAACUGUUGGGCAACCCUUUAUGAAGAUAGGACAUCUCUGCCAAGCUGGGACAUCAUUGUGGACAGCUGUGAGAAUCGCAAUGACAGCUAUGCAACAAUUUUCCAUCCCGUUGUGAGUGACUCCAGAGUUUUAGUCCCGUCCCACAUCAAGCGCUUCUCUGUAAAGAUGUUCACUUUCACUAAAGAUGACAAGGUUCUGAAAGACCAGAUCUAUGUCCACUGUGAUGCAGUGAUUUGUGACACAAGCAGCCAGGCAGAUGGUUCCUGCAGAGGCCAGUGUGUGCAUCCUCCAGGUCAGAGCUACUCAAGACCUGCAGGUGUAAAAAAGGAGCGAAGAAGCACCGACUCAACACGCCAAAGGCAGAUCUCCUCUGGGGCAAUUACUCUGUCUAACCUCUGAAUAUUUUCUACUAGUGUUUACAUUUUGUCAUUUGCACCUUAUGUACAUUAGUUCAUUGUGUUGUUUGGGACCACGGGGACAGUUUUAUCAAUGAAUGUACUGUACUGCCUUGUAUAUUGAUGGAUGACAAUAACGA